AUGGAUAAGAGGAAAGCGCCCGGACCAGAUGUAAUGUCUGUACUCUUUUUUCACAGGUACUGGCACAUUGUCGGGGACGACGUGGUCAAUACAGUUUUCAUGAUCCUUGAAAUCGGAGUAAUGCCGGAGAACCUUAACCAUACACUUAUUGCUCUGAUACCCAAGGUGAAGGUCCUGACAACCCCAAAGGAAUUCAGACCGAUCAGCUUAUGUAAUGUGAUAUACAAACUGGUGGCCAAGGUUCUUGCAAAUAGGAUGAAACUGGUAUUGGAUUUAGUGAUAUCGGAGGAACAAAGUGCUUUUGUCCCUGGUCGGUACAUAACUGAUAAUAUUAUGGCGGUUUUUGAGUGUUUCCACUCAAUGAAACAGAAACGUAAGGGAGGCCAAGGUUUUUUUGCAGCGAAAAUUGACAUGGCAAAGGCCUACGACAGGGUGGAAUGGCACUUUCUCGAAGGGGUGAUGAAUCACAUGGGUUUCUCAGAAAGGUGGUGUCGCCUUGUGAUGAUGUGUGUGAAGACGGUAACUUAUGCAGUGCUAGUUAACGGACAUCAGUCUCCCAGCUUUAUCCCGAUUCGAGGUCUGAGACAAGGCGAUACCCUAUCGCCAUACCUGUUCUUGCUGUGCGCUGAAGGGUUGUCGGCGUACACGAAGGCGGCAGUGCAGCAUAAGCGCUUUUAUGGCAUCAGUCCCGCCAGAGGAGCCCCGACGGUGACACACUUGUUUUUCGCUGAUGAUUCGGUUUUCUUUGGCCGGGCCAAUGCGCAUGACAGCUCGACUCUGAAACACAUUCUGCAGGCGUAUGAGAGAGAAUCAGGACAAAUGGUAAAUCUCCAGAAGUCCGAGGUCUCUUUUAGUGGUAAGGUCAAGCCUCACCAGCGGGAAUCCUUGGAAUGA